AUCAUCCCCAGCACAACUCUUUAAUACCCUACAUUUUAACUGCAAGCUGGCCUCGGGUUGCUCUGACGGCGGCGACCUGAAUAAUGCCCCACUUUCCAGGUUGCCGGGAGUUGAGCUAGUGUAAUAUAAGUUUCGCCAUCUUGUACUCUGUACUAACCAAAGCACCUUGGUUCACUUUUCAGUAUACCUCAGAAGAAAACAUAUCUCUGAUGACCUCACUUUUUGAAUGGCCACCUGCCCUCUUGCAAAGAAUCCAAGUUGGUGGAUGACUUGCGAUACUACGCCCCCGCUGCCUGGUGAGCUAGGAUGCAGAUUCAACCUGGAGGACGCGGGCACUGCGCUGCUUCCCUCGGGGGCUUUUCGCGUCUAAUCAGCUCCGGGAUACCUUUAUAAUGGAGGGCUUCGUGGUGCUUUGGGGGAUAUUCUUAUUGUGGCUGGGGAAGAUGUCGUUGUCGACACUCUUGAGGAUUUCUGGACUUAGGAAAGAAAGACAUGAUGCGUCAUUUUUGAAGACAAGUGAGAAAUCGUCUAGCAAGCAGAAGACGGUAGACGCCGGUGCCGUGGAUGGCGAGAGUGCGGAAAACCUCUACCCGGAGAACGUGGAGACGAUACGGAGUCGUGAGUUUCCUCUGCUAAAAAGCACGACUUAUCUCGACCAUGGAGGUGCAACGCUAUAUGCAAAAAGCCUCAUCGAUGACUUUUCACGGGAGAUGACCUCCCACAUUUUCGGGAACCCGCACUCUGCGUCUUCUUCUUCUCAGCUGUCUACUCAGCGGGUAGACGAUGCACGGCUAAGGUUGUUACAGUUCUUUAACGCAAGCCCGGACGAUUUUGAUAUUGUCUUUGUCGCCAAUGCUACUGCAGGCAUCAAACUCGUUACAGAGGCUUUGCGGGACUAUGACCAAAGGGGUUUUUGGUAUGGGUAUCAUCUGGAUUCGCAUACCAGUCUGGUUGGACCGCGAAAUGUUGCGACUCGAGGAAGCAGGUGCUUCCUUGACUCCAAUGGCGUACAAGAGUGGAUUGAUGGUCUGGGUGCUUCGCCGAGCGGACAGGAGGAGAAACCAUACCCCAAGCUGUUCGCAUAUCCCGCCCAGUCAAACAUGACUGGAUCGCGUUUGGGUCUUGAAUGGUGCAAAUCCAUUCGAGCGAAGACAGGAGGAAAGCAGAAUGUCUUUACUUUAUAUGAUGCGGCAGCCCAUGUUUCCAGUUCGCCAUUGGAUCUGAGUGACUCGGACUCCGCUCCCGAUUUCACCGUGUUGAGCCUCUACAAGAUAUUUGGGUUUCCGGACAUCGGCGUUCUUAUCGUUCGCAAGGAGGCAAGACAUACCUUUGAAAAGAGAACCUAUUUUGGUGGAGGUACGGUCGGAAUGGUCAUCAGUCUCGGAGAGGAAUGGCAUGCCAAACGAAACGAUGCCGUCCAUGACGGACUUGAGGAUGGAACGCUACCUUUCCACAGUAUCGUGGCGGUACAUUCUGCGCUUGAUGUACAUAAGCGACUAUAUGGUUCAAUGCGAAAUGUGUCUUGGCACACUGCCGCACUAGCGAAGAAUUUAUACUGUCGCCUCGAAGGUUUGAGACAUUCCAACGGAGAAAAGGUCUGUGAAAUAUAUAAAUCGUCGUAUUCUACAUAUGGCGAUCCAGCUACACAGGGACCGGUGGUCGCAUUCAACUUGAAGGAUAGUCGUGGGUCGUGGGUAGGGAGUUCGGACGUUGAGAAACUCGCCGCCGUCAAAGACAUUCAUAUUCGCUCCGGAGGUCUUUGCAACCCUGGCGGAAUAGCAUCAUAUCUUCAUUUUAACCCCGAAGAGAUGAAGAGAAACUAUACCUCUGGCUUGCGCUGUGGCGAUGAAACUGAUUUGAUGGGCGAAAAGCCGUCUGGAGCAAUACGAGUUAGUCUCGGUGCGAUGAGCAGUAUGCGAGAUAUCGAUACCUUUGUUAAUUUUAUUUCCGACUUCUAUGUCGAAAAAGAAAAGCGUACGUCUCUGCCCGAAGCCCCGGUCCCAUCGACCCCCCUGAAUCCAGAGUUUUAUAUUGAACAAAUUUACGUUUAUCCGAUUAAGAGCUGCGGAGCACUUGUCAUUCCUGAGGGUGAACAAUGGGAGGUCAAGCCAGAGGGCCUCGCAUGGGAUAGGGAGUGGUGCCUUAUACAUUUGGGGACAAACACUGCGCUUAAUCAAAAGAAGUAUCCCAGGAUGGCUCUCAUCCGCCCCAUUAUUGAUUUCAAGAAAGGCUUCUUGCGAAUUACUUGUGGGACCACUGGAUCCGAGGACUGGAACUCAAUCGAAAUACCCCUAUUCCCUGACGAUACGAAGGGGCAAACAGCUGUUCAGAUGCAGCAGAAUGCGAAGGCAGCGACGGUUUGUGGAGAUACCGUCACCGUACGGGUAUACUCGACUCCAACUGUAACAGCUUUCUUUUCGGAUUUCCUCUCCACCCCUUGCACUCUCGCUAGACUACCUCCUCAGUCUACAAUGCGAUAUUAUAAGCCUCGCCUGCCUGCAACCGAGACGAAUAAGCGAUCAAGCAUUCUGUCGACCACAUUUUCCAAGCCCAGACCUUCACUUCACCGAAACCCUAUUCUUCUAUCAAACGAAAGCCCCAUGCUUCUUGUCUCCCGGUCAAGUGUCAAUAGACUUAAUGAGGAGAUAAAGACACGCCAAAACAACGCCAAAACAGUACCCUGUAAUGUCUUUCGUGCCAAUAUUAUCGUUUCUGAGGACCUGUCCCCUUCGAGAAUGGACAGGCGGACCGGCGAUAAUGAAUCCUUGACAGAACAUCCUUACAUCGAAGACCAUUGGUCCGGCUUCCGGAUAGGAAAUUGGAGGUUCGAUGUCCUUUCAUCCUGUCAGCGGUGUCAGAUGGUGUGUAUCGACCAGGAUACGGGUGUUCGAAGCGAAGAGCCGUAUUCAACGCUCGCGAAGACAAGGAAGAUCAAUGGAAAGGUGUAUUUUGGGCGUCAUAUCUGUUUGGCUAAUGCUUCGUCGGGACGCCAGGGGCUUUGUCCAACCGUGAAGGUUGGGGAUAGAGUUGAACCAUUUUAUGGGAGAUUCGGGUAG